CAAAUGGUAUUUCAAGAGAAUCGUUUUCCACAUUGGCGAACACACAUUUGACACUUGAAUCGAAGCGACGGCGAGUAAAGUAGUUUAACAUAAUGUAAUACUCCGUUAUCGAUUCUCGCCAUUGUCUCAUUAGUACAGCUAUUCUGUGUAGACAUGACGCAUCACUUUUGUAACAUCUUGAAGUAAUCUUUGGACUUCAAAGUAUUAUUCAUACAUCGACGAGUCAUACCAUCAGUGUGUUGGAUAUCGACAAGAGUAUGUAAUAUGGGUGUGUACAUUGAAGCGAUAACAAAUUAGCAUUCCACAGUACUGCACAGUACCAUCUCGUAACACAAUGACGGGGGUUGGAAAUUGCGCGUUACAAAAAUUCAACGCCGGAAUCGUAUUCGCGUGCGUGCUUGGUCUCGGUUUUUCAUACUACGCUUACACCGUGGAGGUCAAAAAGGAACAAGAUGAUUCGUACCAGCCGCUAUGUGAUAUUUCCGAGCAUAUUAGCUGCACCAAAGUGUUUAUGACCGAGCAUGGCAAGGGACUCGGAUUGUUUCCAAAAGAUUCUGUGUUUAACAUCCGAAAUCCUAUAUAUGGUUCAAUAUUUUAUACUCUGAUCGUAAUUUUAAGUGUGACUAAUAAUUACACUUUUUCGGCCACCACUGUAAUUCUGGGAAUAAUCUCUAAUAUUUUUUCAAUAUACUUAAGCCUUAUAUUAUAUUUAUAUAGAGAUAUCUGCAUUGUAUGUAUUAGCAUGUACAUUAUAAACGUGGUGAUCACAUUUUUCGCUAUCAAAAAAUUCCGAAAAUUCCAAAAAUUAGCCUCAGGCGAUACGCAUAAAAAGGUGAAAUAAAAACAAAA